AUGGAUUGUCCAGCUACUCCACCAAUACUUACUGAGGCAGAUUCAAAAUCUCCUCUACGAAGAACAUUUUCAUCUUCAGAGUCUGACGAUAUGAAAUCUCCUUCUAGAGAUUCUCAAGAUUCUAAUUGUGUUAUAUGUUUGGGAAAAUUACAAAAUAAAUCAUUUACUGAUAGUUGUUUACAUCAAUUUUGUUUUCAAUGCUUACUACAAUGGUCUAAGGUAAAAGCGGAAUGUCCAUUGUGUAAGCAGCCUUUUAAAUCAAUUAUACAUAAUGUGAGAUCAAAUUUAGAUUAUGAUCAAUAUCAUCUUGAACCUGGAGAGCCUAGAUGCGUAAUCAAUGAUUUAGUUCACUCAUUUAAUUUUGAUUUAAUUCAAUUAAACCGAAGAUUUCGGUACAGGUCUACUAUGACACGAGAGUACUUCAGGGAAUUAGUGGCUGAAAGUAUAAUAUCCAGUUCUCAUUUGCUUCCUGAUAACAUUUUUCGAAUUCCUCCCUUACCAUCAGUUAAUUCAAGUGAGUCAAGAUUUUCUAGGAAUCCUUCUGUUCUGCGUACUUCUGCAAGGCUAAAAGGAACAACUGAAUUUCGUCGAAGUAUUUAUAGUAGAGACUUAUGGGUGCAAGAUUUCGCAGAUGUUUCUGGUAGAUACAGAGAGUGUACUCCACAGUUCUACAGGGAUAACCCAGCUCAAAUACAUCGAAUUGUACCUUGGUUGAAUCGAGAAGUCAACGUUUUACUUGAAAAUCGUGAAUCUCAUUCUGCCUAUGUUUUAGCUCAAAUCGUUUCAUACCUGUCACAACAUUCGAUAAGAGGAAGAGAAUUUAGAGAACUUGUUGAGCCUUAUUUUAGAUCUCGAACUGAUCAUUUUAUUCACGAAUUAUAUAUUUUUGCGCGAUCUGUAUAUGACAUAGCUGGUUUCGACCAGCAUGCCGUGUACGGGCCCAAUCCAAAUUUAGCAACGGUAGUUCAAGAACUGUCUUCGUCAAGUGAAGAUAGUGAUAUUGAAAUUUUGGAAACUGUUAGUGGCCAAGAAAACAAAUCUUACAAAGCGGACAAGUUAAAUAAUAGUAGAAUAAAAAACAAUAUUAAAUCAGAAUCAAAGUAUGAUGAGCCUAUUGCAGGUCCCUCAGGUAUAAGUUCAUCUAAGCUAUUGAAAUUGGAUGCAAGUGAAAGCAGUCAAAAUGACAUAGAAAUAUUAGAUUUUGUAAAACCGGAGCCAGAAAUAGUAGUUUUAAGUUCCAGUGAUGAUUCAUCAACAGAGGAAUAUUCGGAUUCUUUAAUACGAAAAAGCAGAAAAAUUAAAGUCGCGCCUAGGAAAAUGAAAAAAUCAAUUCACACCCUGACAAUUCCCGAUGAGGAAAAUACCGGAUCAUCUUCCGACGUAAUUAAAAGUAAAUGUUCAAUGAGAAAAAAGAAAAAAUGGAUGGCUGGCGAUAGUAAUUGUUCCAAGGGUAAAAAAAAGCAACAAAAACAUUUAAAAAAUAGAAAAAGCAGGAGUUUGAGUGUUGAUAGUAUUAUUAAUAUUAGUAGUAGUAGUAGUAGUGGUAGUGGCGAAAGCACGUCAUCGUCGACAUCUCUGUCGGAGGGUUCAAACGAUUCUAGAGUAAAUCGAAAAAGGAAAACGUCUCAGAAAAAAAAUAAAAAAAAAUUAAAAACGUCAAAAAAAUUAUCGAGAAAAAGGAAAAAGUAUAAUAGCGAUUCCGAAAGUGAUGAUGAUGAUGAUGAUGAUGAUCAUGAGGAUUUAAUUAAGGAAAAGGGAAAAAGAAAAGUCAAAAGUUGCAUUAUUAUUCCAAGUCACGAAUCCCGUAAUUUAUCUUUUACGUUUUCCAAUUCGGAUCCUUCGAUCACUCAUCCUUACAGCGAUGAUCAGAGACAUCAUCAUCAUCAUCAUCCCACAUCUUAUUGGUCCAUGGGAUCAAAAAAUUACGAGCAUUCAAGCACUUUAAAAGAUAAAAAUGAAGAUUCCAUAGAGAAAAAAAUACAUAAUACAAAACGUUAUAGAGUUUCAAGUAAUGAAAAAUGUCGUAAACGUGUCAGACAGCAAACAUUUAGCGAUGUAACCUCGGAAGAAACUGAUUAA